UCAGCGGCCUUGCUCGGUCUCUGCCUGGACUGUGACGUACACCCAGAACUCCACCUCUUAGUUUACGGAUUGGUCGGGAUAAAGGUGCUAGAGAUCCCCUAACAAGCUAGUUUGCUAUAGUGCGUGAAGGGUUUCAUUUGGUGUCGUGUCGUAGCUAGUUUAUUUCUUAAAUUAUUUGACAGUACAUUCUGUGAACUGUUUGUAGGUUCUCUGAUUGGACGUUUGAGUAAAUCGUGAGAGAUUAUGUUCAAAGCAUUCGUGCGUAAACUUUUUCGUUAGCUAUAGCUGAUAACUUAGCAUUUUAGCUAACUUAAUUAUUGUCACGAAUAGUGGAAGUGGAAAGGGCCCAAAUAAAUUUCAGAUAUGCAAGUUGUCAUAGUCUACUUGUAACGUAUAGUAUGAGACGAGUCCAUGGUCUUUCUGUAGAAAACUUUAGCAGCUGAACUGUGUUGGACUCUCCUUACACAUGCCGGACUGAAAAUAUGUACGUUAACGUUACCGGGCUAAUGCUAGCUAACUGACAUAGCUGGCUAUCGCUGAAAUUCCUCUGCGUAAAAUUUGAUUUUGUUCGUUCUCUUAUGAGACAUGUGUUCCGUCGAUCGUGGAAGUGCUGUCGCACCUCUUGCAGAGGGUGUUGAGACGGUGUCACCCGUUAUACCAGCUCCAGCAGCUCAUUCUUACGAAAAAUGCGCCGCUUGUGGGACAAUAUGCAGGCCUAAUCGAAGUCCUCAACUUCUUCCUUGUUUGCAUUCUGUGUGUAAAGUGUGCAUACCAAUAGCGGGUGUCGGGGAAAGCAAGAGAGAGUGCCCCUCUUGCAAAAGGUCUUAUAAUAUCCUUGAGGUCACAGAUAAUCCCUUACUAAAGGAUUCUGCCACUGGACCAGGCACUCAUCCACUUACCAAGUGUGCAGGGUGUGAGGACACAGCCAUCAGUAGCUGGUGUGUGGAGUGUGGUGAGGCCCUGUGCUCCAUUUGCGUGUCUGCACAUCAGCGGGUCCGAGUGACCCGUGAACACACAGUCCUGCCCCAGAAACUGCCCACAGGAUUCAUCCCCACCUCGUUUUGCCCCACACACAGAGAAGAACCUAUGAAGUUGUUCUGUGUGUCAUGCAGUCAGCUGACAUGUCGAGAUUGUCAGUUGACCUAUCACAGGAACCACAGCUAUCAGUUUCUAGAUGAGGCAGUAACAGCCCAAAGGAAAGAGAUUGAGUCUCUGAUGGUGAAAGUGAGACUGCAGCGAGAGACAGUGAAGCAGACCCUACAGGACCUGGAUGGGAGACUGCAGGACUUGGAGGAGAUAAAAUCCAGAACGAAGAGUAAACUGCAAAAAAUGCUCAUCUAUAUCCGCUGUGCCUUGAUGAAGAGAACAGCGGAGCUGUUUAAGAAUGUUCAGGAUUUGUGUGGGCGUGAGGCACAGAAAAUCACUGAGAGGCAGAACAAUCUGAGAACACUGGAGGAGAGACAGGAAUACAUCCUGUCCUUCACAGGGCGAGCCCUACAGAUGGAAAACCACUCGGCACUGCUCUCCUGUAAAAGACAGGUCCAUUCACAGCUGCAGGACCUUUUAUCCCAAAGUGCUACGCCCCCGGCUUCUAUGAUUGACGUGAAAUUGCACUUCGAGCAGGAGGGUUACUUUCAGAUCUCUGCGUUCGGUAAAGUUGUGUCGAGCGAGGUCCCUUUUUUCCGCAAAAACCACGAUUCUGUUCCAAAGAAGUCUUCACCUCCCCCUGUACCGAGGCAGAAUGUUCACCCUCCGCCCUCCUCCUAUCAACCCUAUUCUUCGACCGUUCCUACCCCCUCUUCUUCCCCCAGCCCCCUCGCAUCUCCCCAAAUCACCCCCACCUCUGUGUGCCAGUCCUCUGUUUCCCCUCCUCAGUCGUCUGCUCCCUCUGUCUCUACUGUAACUUCCUGUGCCCCCUUAGCGUGUGUUUCCCAGUCCUCCACCGCGUCUUCGCCCUCUUCAGUUUAUUACUCCCUGUUCUCCACUCCUCCACCCACCUAUUCCGCUUGCACUCAACCGUCGGCUCCGUCUCCCCCUGGCUCUGUCCCCCCUCCGCUCACCUCUCAGAGUCAGCCCUCCAGAAAGCGCAGGAACAAGCUGACCUGGUCCUUCCAUCCCUACCAACCUAAAAAUUCCAAACCGGCCGCCCCGCAGCCGAACUCCUGCUCCCCGGAGCCCCCCCAGCAGCCGGCUGUGGUCGGGCCCCCUGCCCCCUCCUCCCUCGCUGCGGCCUCUGAGCGUCAGUCCCCCCCUGUCUCUGUCCUUCCUGCGCCCUCUCCCACUUCAGUCAUGGUCCUGUUCCCGCUGGGCCCUAACGUCCUGGAGGCCUCCCCAGAGCAGUGGAACGGCCGCUCUGGAACCACCGCCGCCCCACAGGGCCCUCGGGCUGAAGGCCCGUCCGUGGAGCCCGACAGAGAGGAGCUGCAGUCCAGGGCCCAGCCGUGCGCCCUGCCCGUCAAAGCGCCGGCCGAUUCCCCGUGCGAGAGGGCGCCCCCUGCUGGCUGCGAGAGGCCGGCUGACCCCAGCCAUCCCGCCACCGAGAACGAGCCCACCUCCACCGUGGCGGAAACGGACGCCGCGCCUCCCGUCGGGCCGCCUCCGGCCGAGGGGGCGGGGCUUUCCCGCGGCGCGGAGUCGCCGGCCAGCCGCGGCGCCGGAGACGCGUGCGCCUCGUUCGCCGGCGGAACCAGCGCUCACAUCGCCGCCCGCGUCGCUGCGGCCAGGUGGAGCUCGGGUCACUCCCCCGCUCUCCCCGCCCGCGCCCGCCACGGCACGUGGGCCACCGCACAGCCUCGGUCCGCGGCCGCCGCCUACCCCGCCUUCGGCUGCUCUCUCCAGACGCGGGAGGAAGUUAGAGUGCAGUCCGGUCCUCAGCCUCACCUCACCUCUGCUCUGACAGUCCGGAAGGAUCCGCCCGGCGUGCCGUUCUCCACUCAGUACGGCAGCAAGCAGGCACAGGAACCCCGCUUCCAACCAAUGAAAACACCACAUGAAGAGGGCAAGGCCUCUGACGUGAGAAACGCGAAUCCUGAGUCAGCUGUCAAUCAGCAGGCCCCGCCCACCAGAACUCAACCUAUCCAAAUUCCCGUGCAUCGGUUGGAGAAAUGUACUGCUUGGCUACCUUCCAGUUUAAAGGAAAUACUUGAAAUGCCCUCUAGUGACCCCGCCCUGGCAGAUUUUGAAGCGUGUGACAAAAACCCACUUUUACGAAAAUUGCUUUUGACAACUCCCAGUGCUGAGUUCGCACCGACAGACCAGGUGGACUAUCGGGGCUCCCCUGUGGAGACAGAAAAGACUGAUGAUGAUGAUGAAGAUGGUCAAGACAGUGUUGACACAGUCGUCAAGAGCGAGAAUGAAGAAUCUGGAAGACCUGUGAGCAGUCCUAGGCACUGGCUUCCCCUGGUCUCAGUGAUGAGGCUGCCUGUCACUGUUCCCCCCUCCGAUCAACCGCUGCCCCAGUUCCGCCUGCUCCCCGGCGUGACUGAGGACGAAAUUCUGCUCCAGGUGAUUGAGGACGAUGACCAGUUCCCAGACAUCCAGUCGGCUCAAGCUGCUAAGAGGAGGCCCGCUCCACAUCGGUCAGAUCAGACAAAGGCAAAGCUGAUUGUGCUUAGAGGCCCCCUUGCCAACCCCACUCAGCCCAGGACGUCUCAUCAGGGAGCCAAUCACUGCUCUGCUCAGCAGCCCGUCUCUCUGGACCUGACCUCCAGGCCUGAGGGCUCCGGCCUCCGUCGCUCCCACAAGGCCGUCCAGACGCGCUGCGCCGCUUGUCGGCUUUCUGGGGGUCUGACUGUGUGCGUGCAGUGUGGGAGGGGCUUCCACAGGGACUGCCAUAUCCCACCAAUCAGCUCCGCCCUCAGCAGUGGGGAGUGGCAGUGCAUGCUGUGCCGGGACCUGACGGACGUAGAGGACGUGUACAGUGAUGAGAGACCCAGACGACCCUCCCUCAGCCUCCUUGAUCAGAAGAAAUGUGAGCAUCUCCUACUCGCUCUGAUGUGUAAGAAGUACAGCAGUGUCCUAUAUCGCAAAGUGGAGCUGUCCUCACAUUACAUUGACAUCACACUGAUUCGUGGACGGCUACUUCGGAAGCUGUCUCCUUCGUAUCGCACCCCAUCGGAGUUCGUCUCCGACAUAUGGGUUCUCCUGGAAUCCCUGGCAAAGAAUUCUGAGGAAUCUGCGCUGGUUUUCAAGAUGCAGAAAUACUUCCAGAGGAAGCUGAGUAAGAUCUUUGGGGAUGCGCUCCACCCGUCCCUCCUGAAGUGUCCCAGCAUGGAGGACGGCGAGACUGCGCAGGACGCAGGGGACGAGACGGUGAAAGUGAGGGAGACGCUGAAGAGGAUGCGGGCCUUCAUCGCAGCAAACCGCCAGGGCCUGGCCAAGAAAGCCUGCAGGGAGGAGACGGAGCCAAGGGACCAGAGCCCGGGGCCUGCGUGAAGACCCUGGCCCUGCGUGAAGACCCUGGCCCUGCGUGAAGACCCUGGCCCUGCGUGAAGACCCAGGCCCUGCGUGAAGACCCAGGCCCUGCGUGAAGACCCAGGCCCUGCGUGAAGAUACUGGCCUUGCACUGCGGCCUGCCCUGCUAAUAUAGCUCACAAUCUACCUCCGGUCCUCCUUAUCCAUAGGACAGCCAUGAACAUUUAUGCAAACGCCCACCAUCGUCCGUUCGCAGUUUUGGUAGACAGCACUGUUCUAGCGUGACCUCGUAAAAGCUAGCAGUCGCCCUGAAAUCAUGUGAAUCGCUGGAACUUACACUGCAUGCUAAAUGCGUACAAGUUGCAACUUUUCACAGAGGGUUGGCCUCACUUAUUUGUCGCUAGAGAAUAUAAUUUUUACAUUACAUUUGGGAUUUGUAUUGUUUGUUAUUUAUGUAAUUCUGUUUAUAUCUUUGUAUCGUCCGCCAUUUUUUUCCUCCCAAAUUUGGAAUUGGCCGUUGUGUUUGGAGUGUAGCCUGCACUGCAUGAAGAACGCAGCAGCUGAAGAGCAUGCACUCCAAGUGCACCUGCCUGCAAGCCUCUGACCAUUUCCUGCUCUUCAGGUGAUAUUAAUGAUAAAAAUUUAUGGGAGGCUUCAACUUCCAGUGUUUUGGCUUUGGGUCCCUACCUGCUUCCAUUAUUUACUGUGUCUGAGACUGAGCAGGCCUACCAAAUAAUGCUUCUGUUUAGCAUCGAUCUGACCACAUUUAACAACGGCUAUUUUCAUUUCGAAAUCAAAGUUCUUUUUGUGCAAGUAUCGCUUGUGGUGUCCAUUAAGGGUCCAUUUUUGGCUAUUCUUUGUUGCUGAUGGAAAAAGCACUCUUUGAUUUGGACCUUUGAGUGAAUGAUUACGUAGUUUUAUUUUUAUAUCUCGGAAGUACUUGAAGUUUCAGAAAUCGUCUGUUUAUUCUGAGUAGAUUGUCAGAACAAUGCGCUUGAAUAAUGAUUGGCCGGGCUGAGCAGCCCCUGCUCACUUCCUCUACAUUUCAGUCUGCACGUAUUUGGACAGUCGCGCAGUUUUGGCUCUCCAGCACAUUGGAUUUGAAAUGAAGGCAUGAAUACGAGGUUAAAGUGGAGACUGUCAACAUUUAAUUUGAAGGUAAUUAUGUCCAUAUAUGUUGCUGUUUAUUCAUUGUUUUACUUCAAAUACAAUGUGCUGGAGUGCAGAGCGAAACGACAAAAAUUGUGUCAUUGUCCAAAUAUUUGCAAACUGCCAUGUUUGUGCUCCCAGUUAAUUGAGUAUAAAUUUUUUCCUCUUAACUUUUAAUUUGUAAGAAAGAUGGUGUCUGGGCGCUUGUUUAAACUGUUAUCUGUCUAUGCAAAAGGACCCUCAAGUGUGAAGACACACAGGAAAGGACUUGCAUGUGGCUUUCCUUAGCACAACAGAUUAGUUGUAUCCUUUGUGGCAUUUUUAUGCAAAAUAGUGACCUAUUUCAAGAACCUGUUUAUUAAUUCUGUAAUCAUCAUUGAUCUAAAUGCGGUCAAACGCUCUAUGCAUCAUUUGUUUCUUAAAUGGUACGAUUCCUAAAUUAUUUGGAGAAUGUCACACAGUAUUUGAAGUAUAGUUAAAAUUAUCCUUUUGGGAUUACUUUGGGGCCUUGAUGAUGUCAAAUGUCUUAAAUCCUCAGGUAGAGAUGGAAUGUUACGUGCAAUGUGUUGAUAUUGACUAAUACAAUAUAUUUUUGUAUAUAUAUUUAUUUCCAUUUAUCUUGCCCAUAAAGCUUUUGCUUGAACUGUGCUGUCUGUUCAACUGUGCAUACAAGCUGAGGGUGUUUUGCUAUUGUACAGAAUAAAAACUUGACUAUGCACAAGCACACUUUCUGAGAUUAUUUGAAAAUGUUUUGCAAGUGGCUUGGAAAUAAUGUAUGAAAUAUAUUUUUCUGGAAUCAUAGAAUAUAAAAAGUAUUUGCAUGAUGCAACUGUAAAAAGUGUCCUAAACACAAUAAAAAUAAGUUCAGCAUU